UGCCCGCGGUCUAACAAGUUUGCUGCAUAAAAAAUAGACACAUUCUACGUUAAUAUCUAUUAUUUUUUAAUUGAUUUUAUGUAAAGCUGCAUGGAAGUGAAUUGAUUGAUUAAGUCUCAUUGUACAAUUUAUUAUUUAUUAAUUCAAUAUUUGUUAAUAUGGAUUAUUGUUAUAACGAUGGCUUUACAUCAAAAGAGAUGGGAAAAAUUUAAGUGGGAUGCUUCGUGGUCAGCUCAACGUCUUUAUGAUUUCUUUUAUAUGAUUUAAGUACCAUAACUAUCUGUUGCUACCUAAUGAUAGGACACAUUUGAAUGGUGUUUGAUUGUCAAAAUGGAAUCCCAUUCUUGUGUAAUUAAAAAUAAUGAUAUUAUGUGUGAAGAAGGCUUUAUUUGUAUAGAUGGAAUAAUAUUAGACAAUAAUACAUCAUCAAACAGUAUUCUUGAAAAGCCUCAAGUUACAUGGCUAGACGAUGAGGAGAUCGACAAAUUAGAUCAAGAUCCCAUGAACUUCUUUUUUAAUCGUGUUGAUAGCAAAGACAUAAUUUAUGAAAGCAAACAAAAGUCUUGCAAAAUAAUAGGAAAGUAUGUCAUGGGUGAUGUUUUAGGAGAGGGAUCUUAUGGCAAAGUAAAGGAAGUAAUGGAUUCUGAAACCUUGUGUCGUAGAGCUGUAAAAAUUUUGAAAAAGCGUAAAUUAAUUCGCAUUCCUAAUGGUGAACAAAAUGUUAGAAGGGAAAUAGAAUUAUUGCGCAGGCUAAAACAUAAAAAUGUGAUAGAACUAAUAGAUGUUUUGUGUAAUGAAGAGAAACAGAAGAUGUAUUUGGUUCUUGAGUAUUGUGUAGGAGGUUUACAAGAAAUGUUGGAUGCAGUUCCUAGUAAAAAGCUGCCUAUAUUUCAAGCACAUAAUUACUUUACACAGCUUAUAAAUGGAUUAGAAUAUUUGCAUAGUAGGGGUGUAGUGCAUAAAGAUAUAAAACCAGGUAAUUUACUUUUGACCAAUGAUGAAACCCUUAAAAUAUCAGAUUUUGGUGUGGCUCAAUCGUUAGAUCUGUUUGCACUUGAUGAUACAUGUCAUACUGGUCAAGGAUCACCGGCAUUUCAGCCACCGGAAAUUGCAAAUGGUCAAGUAACAUUUUCUGGUUUUAAAGUAGAUAUUUGGAGUAGUGGUGUUACAUUAUUUAAUAUUACUACGGGUCAAUAUCCAUUCGAUGGUGAUAAUAUUUAUAGGCUAUUUGAGAAUAUUGGGAAAGGAGACUGGAAGGUACCUGAAAGUUUAGAAAAAAAUUUAUCUGAUCUUAUUCAAUGUAUGUUACAAAUAAAUCCAAAAGAUAGAAUUUCAAUUCCUGAAAUUCGCAAUCACCCUUGGAUGCUGUGUGCUCAUCCAAGAUUAGAAAGUCCUGUUCCCGUUCCUCCCCUUAAAGGUGAUGGUAUAAGAAACAGUACUGUACUUCCAUAUUUACAAAACUAUCAUUACCAAAGCCGGGAUUUUAGAAAUUAUUUCAGCGAACAUGAAAUGCAUGAGGAGAGGAUGCAAAAUUAUUCUGAAGAGAAAACUAAUUCUGUGCCAAAGAGAAAAUGGAGAAGGCUGACGUCAUGCAUAUCUGUUAAGAAAAUGAGCACUUGCAGCCAGUCAUGAUUUUUACUUGAAUGGAAUAUUAGAAAUGAAAGGAAUACUAGGAAUGAAAAUAAGUCAUAUUUUUUUCAUUUUUAUUUUCAACUAUCAUAUGAUUUCUCAAACUGGUCUCAUCGUGCUAAUCACUAGUGUAAGAAUUUCUUUUAAAGGUUCCUAGCAUUAUUUUUUCAUCAAUACGG